CGUCCCCUCCCCCCACCCGUCGGGCUCCUCGGCGGCUACUGCAGAGGAUUCAGAGCCGAGUCGCUGAGGAGGAGGAGGCUCCCAGUCCCUGCGCGCCAUCCGCCACCUUACUGGACACGGGCGAGGGAGCGAGAGCGUCGCCUCUGUAGCCUUCAGAGAAGACAAGGGCAUCGCCGCUUCAGCUGCCGCCGCCGCCGUUUUCGCCUGCAGCGGCUCGCCGGAUUCUCAGUUGUCCACAAUGAACCCUGUUUAUAGCCCCGUGCAGCCUGGGGCUCCUUAUGGCAACCCUAAGAACAUGGCCUACACAGGUUACCCUACAGCCUAUCCAGCUGCAGCCCCUGCCUACAAUCCCAGCCUGUACCCCACCAAUAGCCCCAGUUAUGCUCCAGCAACUCUGCUGAUGAAACAGGCCUGGCCACAGAACUCGUCUUCCUGUGGCACUGAAGGCACCUUCCACCUCCCAGUGGACACCGGGACCGAGAACCGAACUUACCAAGCAUCCUCUGCGGCUUUCAGAUAUACUGCGGGGACACCAUACAAGGUCCCACCGACCCAGAGUAAUACUGCUCCGCCCCCCUACUCCCCAUCACCCAACCCCUAUCAGACGGCCAUGUAUCCCAUCAGAAGUGCCUACCCCCAGCAGAACCUGUAUGCCCAGGGAGCCUACUACACACAGCCGGUGUAUGCUGCCCAGCCCCAUGUCAUCCACCACACCACGGUCGUCCAGCCCAACAGCAUUCCCUCUGCCAUCUACCCAGCGCCUGUCGCUGCUCCCAGGACCAAUGGCGUGGCCAUGGGCAUGGUGGCCGGCACCACCAUGGCGAUGUCAGCAGGUACCCUGCUGACUGCACCCCAGCACACCGCGAUUGGGGCACACCCUGUCUCCAUGCCAGCAUACAGGGCCCAAGGGACCCCUGCGUACAGCUAUGUGCCCCCGCACUGGUAAAGCCUGCAUCCCAUCCAAAUCUGGAGUCACACAUUGUAUGCAACUACUCAAGUCUUACACAGGUGCUGGAGCAGCUCCCUAGCAGCACCACCUCUAUUUGCAAGAAGAGACAACGGAAGUGCAAGGGUCACUUUAUGCAUCUUUAACGGUUUUGGUUUUUAUUUUCGGUUUUUGUAAAAGCUGCUUUUUCUAAUCUCCUGCCUCUCCCCACUGUCCCCCUUUUAGCCACUGCCCUUCCAGCUCUAGCCCUCCUCCUACCUGACCAGGCACAUCCUCUCUGCUCUUCUUUUCUUCCCCAAGAAUUCAGUCCCGGGAGCCUAGUCUAGCAGCAGUCAGAGAGUGGGGUCUGUUGCAGUGGUUCAGCUGAAGGCGCAAUUUCCUUUGAAGAGCAUGAGAGAUGUGAUCCUCAGGUCCAGGGUAGGAACUCAGAGCUGUUGAGCAGGCCACAUCUCUGGGGGAUUGUUUCUUUUUUGAUUUUCCUCAUGCAGGAUUAGUUUAAGACAUUACCAUGUCCUGACACAAAUGAAAUCUCUUCUGAGAACCAUCGCAACAGACCAAGAACAAAACCACCUGAUUAGGUAGGAGUGUUCAUAGCAGCUUAAUAAUACCCCAGAUCAGAACCUGGGAAAACCAGAUUCUUUCUUUGGGAGAACUUGGGGGAG